ACUACCGCGAUCACAAUUUGAAAGACGCUUACCAUUUUCGAUUAUUGAUAUAAACUGAAACUAAUUUACGCAAAUAAAGUAAUUUUGACCAAAAUGGACGGAGAAAAACUGAGCGCGGUGCGCAUUGCGGUCCGUGAGGCGCCGUACCGCCAAUUUCUGGGGCGUCGGGAGCCGAGCGUCGUCGAGUUUCCACCCUGGAGUGAUGGCAAAUCCCUCAUCGUGGAGCAAAAUGAGUUUCACUUCGAUCAUGCCUUUCCCUCGACCGCCGGCCAAAAUGAGAUGUACCAAGCCUUGAUCCUGCCGCUGGUGGAGAAGGCCAUGCAGGGAUUCCCGUGCACGGCAUUGGCCUACGGGCAGACAGGAACGGGAAAGAGCUACUCCAUGGGAAUGGCCCCACAGGAUAAGGUUCUGAAUCCCGAGCAUCUUGGUGUCUUGCCCCGCUGCUUAGACGAUAUCCUAAGUCGCGUGACCGCCGACCAGGAGAACAAUAAGGGCACCGUCCGGGUGUUCGCCUCCUUCAUCGAGAUCUACAACGAGAAGGCCUACGAUCUGUUGGGCACCACGCCACAUGUGCCCAUGGUGGCUUCGCGUGUCCAGAACUGCCGCUACCUUCCUUUGAACAGCCAGCUGGACUUGCAGAAACUUCUGCAGUUGGGCACUGGCAAUCGUCGCGUUCGUCCCACCAACAUGAACGCCAGCAGCUCCAGGUCACACGCCAUCGUGACCAUUCACAUAAAAAGCAAAGAUCAUCAUUCCCGAUUGAAUAUAGUCGAUCUGGCUGGAUCUGAGGGCGUAGGGCGUACUGGUAAUGAGGGCGUGGCCAGGAAGGAGGGCGUCAACAUCAAUCUCGGCCUGCUCAGCAUCAACAAGGUGAUCAUGUCAAUGGCGGCGGGACGAACGGUGAUUCCCUAUCGAGAUAGUGUCCUUACCACAGUUCUUCAAGAAUCGCUCAGCGCACAAUCGUAUCUCACAUUCCUGGCCUGCAUCAGUCCGCAUCUCUGCGAUCUCAGCGAGACGUUGUCCACCCUGCGCUUUGGAACCAGUGCCAAGAAGCUCCGGCUGAACCCGAUGCAAGUGGCCCGCCAGAAGCAUCUUCUGGCCGCACGGACGCCACACACCUUCCGCCGGGUGCUAAGCAGCUCGACGGCCAUCAAACGCCAGGCCGCCAAUCAGAGCAGCCCGGUUGUUCCCGAUCCGAAGCCCGGAUUGGGUAAACCAACGCCGAACAUGCUCAAGCGAACGCGCUCCGAUAUGGGCAUGACCCCCAAGGCCAAGAAAAGGGCUCGCGAGGUCUUGCAAAUGGAGGACACCACAAUGGAGCUCUCAUCCAUUCACUUCUCCGAUAGCAACCUUAGUUCGGUGGCUUUGCAAGGCAAAACCGACCAGAAACUAAUGCCGCCACCUUUCGCCAGACCCGUAAUACAAACCACUUGCCUGAACUCCACCGCAAUGGCCAUUCCAGAGAAGGAGCCCGUUGAGCCCGCCCAGCCAACCACCUCCGCCAGGCUUCGCUGCCAGCUCUUCAACGCCGAAGUCAGUGUGCGGCCAUCCACCACAGAGCAGGAACUCAGUGGGAUCGAGCCGAUACAGGAGGCCUUGGAGCCUCGUCCAAACACGUCCCGCCCCGUGCGUCGCUCCACGCGAUUAGCUAGCUUUCAAAAAACCGAAAGCGAGGGCAAUUUGCGGCGCAGCGUGCGGCUGGCGAUAAAACGGGAAGCCUCCAUUGCCAGCUUCGUAAAGGCGGAGCAAACGCUUCAGAUGUCGCAGGUUGGGGCUGUUCCUCAAACAAGUGUCCAAGAAGAGGCGGAAAGUGGCGGAUCGAGGCAGGUGAACCUAGAAGCGCAAGAUUGGAUGGAAAACCAUAUAAGAUCCUUUUUCAACACUUUAAACACCGGGAGUCUGAGGGAUCUGCAAAAGUUUCCCGGGAUCGGUCCGAAGACAGCCUUCGCCUUAACCAUCCACAGAUCCCGGCUGAAUGGGUUCCAAAACCUGGACCAAGUAAAAGGCCUUCCGAUUUGGCCCGGAAAAUCUUGGGAUCGAUUUUGCCAGCUAAACUGUUUGAAUUAAGAGUUAAGAUUAAGAUUAGGAAUUAAGUAAUAAUUUUAUAUAUUGUUUAAAUUAAGAAUAAGUAAUAAAUUUAUGUAUUGUCACAAUUGUAUUUAUUUCUGUUUGCUUAAGAUUAGAUUAAAUUAAAUGUUCUUAUUGUCCUAAUGCGUGUAAUAUUCUUGUAAGUUAAUUUUUUUGUUUGUGAUUUUAAUAUGACCAAAAAAAUAAGUACAUGUCUAUGUCAUUAGAAUCUAGAAUAAAUUUAAUAAGCAAUUUUGUACAACUUUUUUAUCUUUUACACAUGUUCAGUGCAAACUAUUUGAAUUUAGAAUCAGCAUGAAUAGGACUUAAAUUUAUAAACAAUACUUCUGUCACAUUUUUGUUUUUUUUUUUUUAUUGCUUAAGAUUAGAUUAAUUUAAAUGUUCUUAUUGGGUACGAAAGGAGCAGGACAUCCUAAUGCGUGUAAUAUUCUUUUAAGUAAUUUUUUGUUGUGAUUUUAAUAU